AUGUCAAAUGUAAAGGAUAUGAAUGAAGAACAUCGGUUGCUAUCCGAACGUUUACAUGCAUUAAAUCCAGCUGAAUUACAUGCAUUUGAUUUACAAUUAACAUUAAUGCGUACAGCAUUUGAAUCAUACAAACGUGAAACUGUAUUUAAACCUUGUCCAUCAUUUCUUAUUGGACUUGAUGAUGAUCAAAUGCGUAAUGUCUUUCGUUUACCACCUGUAACUACAUUUAUAUCAAUAUUUGAUCAAUUAAGUGAUUUACAAGUUUUAUUACUUAAUUGGCUUUUAACUCGUGAUACAUUUAAAUUAAAUAUGGUUUCUGUGGAAUCAGUACUUUCACUUGUAAAACAUCAAUUAUCUGUUCCAUCACCAAAUUUUGCAUUUGAAAUUAAUUAUAAUCAAAUUCGUAAUGAACGUUUUAAUGAUUUAUCAGAAAAUGGUCAUUAUAAAACAUUUUAUGCUUAUCAUGGUACACGUCUUGAUAAUCUUCAUUCAAUUCUUCAUAUUGGCUUUCUUGGUCAUAUGAAUAAACUUUCAUUAUUUGGUUCGGGAACAUAUUUUUCCGUAGAACCAUCUGUUUCACUUCAUUAUUCACCAUUUGCAACUGUUUGGCCAAAUAGUUUAUUAGGUAAAAGACUUAGUUGUCUUUUAUUAUGUGAAGUUAUCGAUCAUCCUGAUCAUGUUAAAUGUGCAAUUGAAAAUGGUACAUCAACUAAUCAAGAACGACGAAUAGUUAGUGAUACUCAAGCUGGUGCUGUACCUGAAAAAUAUGUUGUUGUUACAUCGAAUGAACUUGUGAGAGUGAAAUAUAUUCUUAUUUAUUCUGAACCAAAUGAAUUAAUGCAAUUAAAUCAAAUGACAAGAUCACGUUUACGAACAUUUCUUUCUAAUAAUCGUUAUAAUCUAUGUUUAUUAUUCUAUUUUAUUCUUCUUUUAUUAAUUGGAUUUUUUAAUUCAAACUUAUUUAAAUUUUAUUGGCGACUAUUUAAAAAACGUUCUAAUCAUUUACUUUUUGGUUCGUGGCAUCUAGCUCAAUAG